GGUAGUUGGUUGACACAAAAAUACUUUUUAUAAAUAUUUGGAAACAAAGCUGUUUUUAUUGCAAUUGAUUAUCACAUUUCUCUAAAAUGAAUUUGUAAGAUGUGCUAAAAUGUGUGGAAUAUGAGAUAUUACUUCCAAUAAUCAUAUUUAAACGCUUACAAUUUAUCAUCAUAUCUCUUUCUUUGUCGCGAAUACUUUUCUCAUAAAUAUCGAUCGAUUACGAAAGAGUUUAGUUGUGUAUUAUUGUAAAAUAACAGUACAUAUACAAUUGAGGGUUGUUAUAAAAGGAUUCAUUACAGUUAUGUUAUUAAGUUAUCGAUAUAACGCUGACUUAACGAAAUAGAGGAAUGCCUAGUAAAAUCAGCAUAAAUAAACACACUACACGAUCGACUAUUUUUGAAAUGUAUCCGUAUUUAAAAUUGGCUGAAUCUUUAUAAUGAAAUAGUUAUACCCAGUGUCCUGUGUGAUUGCACUGCAAAUUUCGUCCAUGUAUUGUUGCUCAUUCCUUUCACGGCUGGGAGUCGGCAUGGCGAGCAUGAGCUCCACGCUCGUCGAGACGGUCUCCAUCAACUAUGAGGACUUUAACGAGAGCUUCCUCACCUGCGGCACCUGUCUGUGUACAUACGACGGAGGUGAACACACCCCGAAGCUUCUCCCCUGCUCCCACACCGUGUGCUUACAUUGCCUUACACGUAUAGCCGCUUCUCAAACUAGGGAUUCCGGUAGUUUUCGUUGUCCAAUCUGUCGCGAGCUCAUCACCAUACCACGGGGCGGGGUGCCGGCCUUACCUCCUUCGUUUCUCGUCAACCAGCUACUCGAUUUAAUGGCAAGACAAAGACGCGAAGUCAUACCCCAGUGCAGUUCCCAUCCCGGUAGAGAGUUGUUAUUCUGCGAGACGUGCGAUUGCGUAUUUUGCCGGCAUUGCGCAGACGGACCCCACAGCGACACCCCAUGCGAUCACACCGUAGUGCCGUUCUCGAUAGCUUUAAAGAGAAUGUCCGAAAUACUAUUGUAUAGAGCCAACGAGUGCCUCAGUAAGCUAGGAGCGGCGCGGGAGGCAGUAGCUAGUGAAUUGCGACGGCUCGAAGCUGCGGCAACUGCAGCUGAUGAGGCGAUAGAUAGACACUUUGCUGAAUUGAGAAGCGCGUUAGAUAAACGGCACAACGAAUUGAAGUCUGCCGCAGCGGCCGCCGCUACGCAUAAACGAAAACUUCUGGAAGAGCAGUUGAAACUGAUUGACGCUGAGAAAUCUAAAGUAGAAGCGGAAUGUUCUGGUCUUCAGCAGCAAGUUGAAGUGCGUGAAGUCAGUAGUCGAGCUGCUGCGCUCGGUGCGAGACUGGGUGAUGCUGCAGCGUUGGCAGAACCGAGGGAAAAUGCAUUUCUGGCUGUGGACUUUGCACAUAAUGACGCGCAACAGAGGUUCUCGGAAGCUCUGGCUGAACUGGGCAGAGUCAGGACGAGUACUACGUUCCCCGGGUUGUGUACUUUGCAAUUAGAAUCGGCAUGUGUAUGCGGUCUCGAAGUAGUAGUAUCUCUCCGCACAGUGGACUACCACGGCGAGGCUCGCAGUACGGGUGGCGACCCGGUGACGGCUGCCGCUACGUUGGACGACGCACCACUAGCUUGUACCGUUACUGAUACUGAUACGGGGAUUUAUCGUAUAACAAUGCGGCCAUGGAGCGCGGGCGCGAUCAGCGUGCGCGUGCUGGUGUUCGCGCGCGCGGUGCGCGACUCGCCGCUGCGCGCGCACGUGGCGGCGCGGGCCGCGCCCGACCGCGUGUGGGGCGCGCGCGGGACUGGCAAGGAGCAGCUCAGCCAGCCCGUCGCGCUGGCCAGAUGUCCGAAACGUCGCGAAAUCUACGUGUUGGAUGCAGGCAAUUCGCGAGUGAAAGUGUUGGACGACGAGACGUUCGCAUUUAAAACUCAUAUCGUAAAUGAAGGUCUAGCCGGUCGCAGCUGUACAGGCAUCGCUGUCACAGAAGAAGGCGUUGUUGCUGUUAAUUGGCGGACCAGAACUGUCACUGAGGUGAACAUAGACGGCACAACACUCCGCACUAUAAAGUCCGAUCGUCUGAUAGAGCCGGUGUGUGUAGCUGCAGAUGUAGAGUCUCGGCGUAUCGCCGUCGCCGAUAAUGGCGCUAGGUCUGUGUUCGUGUUCGACAGGCAUGGGAAUAUUGAGCGGGAGGUUGGCAGUGGAAAUCUAGGUCUGGUAGGUGGUCUGGCUCUAACUGAAGACCUGAUUAUCAUAGCAGACGUGGCCGUAAGAAUCUAUGAUGCUGAGGGGAACUUGCAGACCAUACUCGCGCCAGUUCCUAAAGGUCGCGGUGGCUACGGAGGCAUAGCCCUAGAGCGAACUCCCGACGGCCUAUACAUAGUCUGUGCUCGUUCCAUCAAAGGGAAGCCCGCUCUAGUGGUCCUGGAGCCCCAGGGCUCCGGUAUUGUAGCAGCUUGUGAACUAGCGGACAAGAGGCCUCGCAGGGUUGCCGGGUUGACACUAUUGCCCAAUAAGAAGGCCCUUCUGGCUGAUCUUGCUGGGGAUUGUCUGCGGUUACAUACAUAUUGGUGAAUGAUGGCCGCGAACGAAUGGCAGAGCCGGGAAAGUGAAUGGUGAACGAAUUUCAUGCUAGUCGAAUAUAACCGGGAAUCGAAUGUCGGCCAUAAUCUCGAGCUACCAAAGACGUGGCCACCACACGCAGUGCGAACGGGAAUGAGAUUCAGAACCGUAUCGUUUUGAGCGCAGCAUUUGUAGCACUCGAAUAACGUAUAUACGAACAGAGCGAAUAAGCUUGAUGAGAGUAUACAGACUUAUCGCUGUUUGGCUAUCUCAUCCAGUCAAGUAAAUGUUCUUUGCUAUUAGAGAUAGCGAUUUGUCACUUAAAGCGACCUUAUAUUAAAAGGUAAUAUUAUGAAAGUCUGAUUCGCUUAGAGUUUCUGAGUUAAUAAUAAGGGAAAAGUUUGUUUUAUAGAAAAAAUUGUCUCAUUCGCGUUCACACGAAUUAGAUGUAGUACUUACAGUAUUUAUUGCGCAUUAAGUUUAUGUAAGUUCUCAAUUUUAUGUUUAGUUAAUUUUUCGACUGAUUUUUCUGUUUUUUUUUUUGUAACGUGGCAUGUUUUGUUUGGGUUAUGUGUUUUAACUAGUCUGUUAAAUCGUGGAGAAUGGAUAAGUGAAAGUUAUUUUUAUGAUUUUAAAAUAAAACGGUUGAAAUUUUUGCCGUAAUAAAAUCUUUUUAAUAAUUUAAGUCUGAUUUUGUCAUCUAAUUUGAAUAAAAACGUACAUUUAACAAGUCAAUAAUGAAACUUGCUAGGAUUUGGUUCUGUUUCAGAGCGCACACAUCAGAUAUAUUUAUUAGAAUAUUAUUUAAUCUCGAAUAAAUAAUUAUAUGAAUAAAUAUUCAUAUGAAAAUGUACAAGAAACAAUUUAUAAAAACAAAUUGAUAAAAAAUCUAAAUAAUCUUGCUGAAAUUUGUCGUUUUGAUUCAGAAUUAUUAUCCAAGCAAAUUUGAGACUUAACACUUGUGGAAUAAAGUUCAAAUGUACUUACGUGGAAAACACGUACACUUAUUAAAAAACUAUUAAAAUGUUGGUUCGAACGAGCCGAGGCAAGAUCUGAUAUACGUGACAAUAUGAAUGGUGUCUAACUUAAAUAGAUUAAGUUGCAAUAGUGAAAUAUAAAGUUUUUUUUUUUACUUUUUUUCAAAAUAUUUUUUUUGAAAGACUCGAAUGUAUGUUUAUUAAAUACUGGCGUUUUGUGUAAAUUCUUGUAUAUUUUUGAAAUUGUAAUUGUGUUUAGAAUUAUUUUUGUCCUCUUUUUAAAACAAUACUUACAAUUUACAUGUAAAUGAGUAAAUGAAUUUUCGAAAAAAAAUCGCAUCGAAAACAAAAUAUUUCGAAUAUGUUAUAGUCAAAUCCCGAAACACAAUCUCUUCGCGGAAGAACUGGUUUAUCUUAGGUUUGGCAAAAACCAUCGGGCAAUCCUCGAAAUACAUUUGAAUUUCACCCUUUGACUGAGGUCAGCAGCAGUCUCGGGCGGAGGCGAAUGCAGUAUCGGCAUCGCACGCGCAUAAGACGCUUCAGCUCAGUGAAGUCCCAUGUCCUCAAGUAGGGUAAGGGGCAAAUGCAUUAUACACCUGUUUCACUGAUCGAUUUUCUUUAGGGACAAGUAGGUGAUCAGCCUUCUGUGUCCUACCAGACCAAGACAUUUUUUUUUCUUCGUCUCCACCGGGAAUGGAACCCAGGACCCCUCGGUGUUACGCUCACGCGUCAACUACUGUACCGAGGAGGAAGACGCGUCAGCUAGACAACGAUUUAUUUUUUGGGCUUUAACAAA